AACAAUCAGCACCGUGGUUGCAUGGGUAGAUUUACUGUCACUGAUUGAUUUAUCAUUAUGAAACUUUGACCUUGCAUGAACAAUAAGCAUUAAAAAAAAGAUUUUUAGUCUUUAUUUUUAAAUUUUUUGACCGUACAAUGACUGGGUGUAUGCCUGUUUUUUGUUGUUGUGUAGUUCGGUGAAGUAUCAUGGAGAAAUACUCCCAUGUUAGAGUGAUCGGGGAAGGGUCAUUUGGUCGGGCUGUGUUGGUGCUAUGCAGAAACACUCAGGAUAAAUAUGUACUUAAGGAAAUACAGCUGCCAAAGAACCAGUCCAAAUUGCAAAGUUCAAGAAGGGAAGCUGUUCUACUGUCCAGAAUGAAGCAUCCCAAUAUUGUGGCUUUCAGGGAGGCAUUUGAAGGGGACGGCCUCUUGUGCAUUGUUAUGGAGUACUGCGGUGGAGGAGAUCUGCUUCAGAGGAUCCAGCAGCAGAAAUCCUCUCAAUUCACUGUUGAAAAUAUCUUGAAGUGGUUUGCUCAGAUGUGUGCAGGUGCAAAACAUAUUCACGAUAAAAGGGUUUUGCACAGAGAUUUAAAGUCCAAGAACAUUUUCCUGACUGAUGACGGUUCAGUCAAGCUUGGGGACUUCGGCUCUGCUUGUGUUCUGAACAGCUCAAAAGCUUAUGCUCAAGCAUAUGUUGGGACGCCGUAUUAUGUGGCACCAGAAAUCUGGGACAACAAGCCGUACAACAACAAGAGUGAUGUAUGGUCGCUGGGCUGCGUCCUCUACGAGCUCUGCACCCUGCGACACCCGUUCCAGGCGUCCAGCUGGAAGAGUUUGAUCCUAAAGGUGUGCCGUGGCGCGUACCCUCCGCUCCCCAACCACCUGCCUUACGAGCUGCACUACCUGAUCAAGCACAUGUUCAAGACUAAUCCGAAAGACCGGCCGUCGGUGCACACAAUCCUGACCUCUCACCGGAUUUCCAGACUCCUGCGCUCUCAUCUGCCCCCACAGGUUUCAGAAGUGGAGGAAGAAAAGAGGCGAACGGCUCGAUGGAAGAAGGAAGAAGGGCAGAAAGUGGCCAAUUUUCUGGGAGAGAAGAGUUUAAUAAAAACAUCAACAAUUGAAGGUGAAGAUUUACCUAAAAGCUGCUGUGAGAGUUCAGAACCAGGCUGUAGGAAGGAGUGGACGGCUGAGUCACCAAGUGCUGUGCUGCAGAUGUUGGCCAACGCCAGCCUGGUUUCAUCAGACAGCAUGGCUGCGGCUUGCCAGACCGGCUCUACCCAUGAAAGUGACUCGGAGGCCAGCAGGCAGAGAAAGCAAUGGAUGACAACCCACUGGUUGGGCCUCUCUCCCGGCAUCAGGGUGAUGACACUGAUGGGCCCGAGCUAGAAGUAGUGGACGAGUGCAGACUGCAGCCUCGCUCUGAUGAUGAAGACACGGACUUUGAGGAAGAAUCUCCCUGUGACUGGGUGGCUGAAGUUGAGAAAAUAUUUUCAGAACACUAAAGCCUCGUUCCUUCAGACCUCAAACAGAAAACACUAACUUUUCAAACGUGCCAAACUUUCUUUCUUUUUUUUUUUUUCUACAACGUUAGUUUGGGAAAAUAAUUGUGUCUUUAAAUGUUUGUUUUCUGUGAGGUGUGUGUGUGUUUUUUUUAACCGAGUGGAACAUCUGCUCCGGACUUUUUGGGACGUCGGUGAUAAGAUUCCCUGAAGACUGAAGGCUGUCUCAGAGGCAGCUCCUUGGGAAGUCAGGAAAUAUUAAGACCCACAGAAGCCCAUUUCCUCUGAUAUCAAAAGUAGACUAAACAUGUCUUGUGUAUAAUAUUAUUUGACUUUCAUGCUCUUGAAUUAUACCUAACAUUGUACA